AUUUCGUCGUCUCUGGUGCUUGCUAAUUAAUAUUUAAUAGCUGUAGCAAGCCAGAUAGAACGAUUGUUCUAUAGUAUUAGUGGCGCAAUGUAUAGAGAGAAAUGAGAGACGGAGAGAGGGGUAGGGGGCACUCACGAGUUGUGAUGUGAGGAGAGCCGACGUCACGGGCUUACUGCUCAAGACGGGCUCUGUAACCUGCAUGUAAGGGCAGUUAUCGACGAUCUUUCUCACAUAGGGCACCAUCUGCAUUCAUUGUUGGUCCGAACACCUGGGUGCUGGAUACAGCUCCGAGAUGUUUUAUGUCGGCGUCAGGGUGUGCGCUGCUCCAGCCCUCGUUUCUCUGCUUCUUCUGGGCUUCGCAGUCGCCUCUUCUGAUGUGUUUGAUACGCAUCAAGGCGACAUCAGUUACUGCAAAAAGCGAUGCCAGAUGGCCGCCAAAAACAAAAACACCGCUAAAGAUGCCGUGCUGAACGCCUGUCACCGUGGCUGCCUGCUUUUCUCAAUCUGCCAGUUUGUAAACGGCAAUGCGGGAUUCAAUGCCAGCAAGGAGGAGUGUCAUGGAGCUUGCCGGGAGGCGUACGGUCGGCCGGCCGAGCUGGAGGCAUGCGACAGAGGCUGCGGAAGCCAACGCUCGGAGGCGGAGAGCAGGAGGAGGAGGCUGAAAGCGCUGGUUCGUCGCUCCCGGCCACGCUCCGUCGUGGACUUGCUGUCCAGCUGGUGCAGUGAUGUCAUCAGUUCGGCUCAGAGUCUCAUCUCCUCCAGCUGGACCCUCUACCUGCGGGUGGAUGACGGCAAAGUGGUCACGCUCCAGGCCCAGCCGGAGGGUGCAUACCAUUUACCCAAGCUGCAAGUGCCUCGAUCCGACGUGUCCCACACCCAAAGACCCCACGCGGGUGAGGGCGACCCCCCUGCAUGUCUGCAGCACGGGCCCCACGCCGUGACACACCCUCAUGUUCUGACGACAUUGGCUGUACUUUGCGGAGCAGACUUUGAAGAGGCAUGUGUGUGUGUGAAGCAGCACGGCGGGAAGGCCGGGUUCGCACCGGGGGGGAAGCUGAGACCCGCAGUCCAACACGCCGGUGAAGCCGCUGACGAGCACGACUUCCUGGGCUGUAUGUCACGGCGCUCUGGGCUGCCUCGGUGGAUACUGGCCAGCUGCAUCUUCCUCUCCAUCAUGGUUAUGCUGUGGCUGAGCUGUGCAAGCCUGGUCACUGCACCCGAGCAGCACGUCAAGGCGCAGUUGAGCAUCAAUGGAGAUAAGGACUUCUGGGAGGAUGUCCAGAAAGUCGCACCCUACCAUGUGACCCCUGUGAUUGCUGUGGCCGUCAGCCAAUCGGAUGCGGGCAAGGAAGUUGGGCCCCUCCCAGUCAAGGUGGACUUGAGCAAGGCCACGAUCUGAGAGAGCAUUCCGCUGGACCACGGCUGAGGCGAAAAGUCUUCUGUCAUGAUUGAUUUUCGCACUGAACGGGGGGCUGCAUUGGCCGGCUAAUGGUGGGUAAUGAAAAUAAAAAGCUGGCGUCUGUCCUUGAGUACAGUUGCAGAGCCCUGCACGGUGUUACUGGACAGUGUUACUGGACAGUGUUACUGUAACGAAAGUACGACUAUGAGCAGCUACUAAGCUUGAACGUAAGCAGUGUAUAUUUAUUUACUUGUUUUUAUUUAUGUAUUUAAAAUAUAACUAAUGCUGAAUCCUUUUCAUAAAAUCAUCACAGAAAUUUGUCUUAAUCUAGUACCCUUCCCAAUGCCAUUGCCCCUUAGUACUUAACAAAAGUUUAACAUUAACUCUGCAAGUAGAAUUUACAUUAUUUAAAUUGGAAACAGCAUUUGCUUUGGAAACCAAUUAACGUUACACAAAAAAAUACUUGGUUAGAAUAAUCCAGCAGGCAUUAGAGGACAAGGACUGAAAAAUCCCAAGGUAGGUAGAUGAAAGAACAAAGUUCUGCAGGGAUGCAAGGCCAGCCGGCUGAGGUUUCAUCCUGUGCACGCUAACCUUAUAGGAUUAGGAUAAUUGUUUAACGUCAGCUGAAAAAGAACUGCAGAAUGUUGAAAUUAGUGUAAAGUGCUUCAAGUUUGUUUUGCGAAAAAUGCACAUUUGUAAUACUUUAUUGUUGUACUGUGUAACUUUUGUUUUUUAGACAUAAUUAAAUUUGCAUCAUUGCAUUUGUUUACAUAGAGACAGUGAGACACAACAGACCUUCUCGGCAGAACCCCCCCUCCCCAUAACCUUUGUUAAUGUCUGGAAAAGGUUCUUCUCUCUGGUUUUCAUUUGAUGUAUUAUUUAUUCAGUAACAAAAAUGCAUGUUUUGUAUGUUUUAAUAGUUUAAAUCUGCUCAACAUUUCAAUGGGGCAGAAAAAUACAGUAAUUUGUGACUUGUAUGUUUCUCCUGUUUAAACAUAUUGAAUCGAUAGUAUAAUAGUCUUUAAAAAAAAACUAAGAAGAAAUUUAAAAGCCGUUCAAAAUCGAUAAAGCCACAAUUUUUUAUUAACUAAAUAACAUUGAUUUUUGUUGACUGGUUGUUUUCAAUAAUACGUGUUUCCUAAGAUGCUAAAAUAAAGAUGCAUUGCUGUUAGUA